CUUUGUUUUAGCCAAAACUCUUCUGUAAAACCCUUUUCAUUUUGGAAUUGGGUAUCGUCUCGAUCGCUUCCUCUUCGUUAGUCGCCUUCGAAUUCGCAGAGUGAGGAACAAUGAAGGUGAGAUCAUCUGUGAAGAAGAUGUGUGAGUUCUGUAAGACAGUGAAACGCCGUGGACGUGUCUAUGUUAUAUGUUCAUCCAAUCCUAAGCACAAGCAAAGACAGGGAUACUGCUCCAUUGCUCAUGAAGGAAUCAUACCUCCUCCCUUGUUCACUGAGUCGAUUGCUAAUCAGGAGGUAGUGAGGAUGCCUGGUCAGGGCGUAUCAGCCGGUUUGGCAUCACUUCUACACAAGAGGCCUGAACCAGCAGCGGUUUUCGGAUGGAGGGCAGGUCUUGCAUCGAUUCUCUUCAAACAAGGGAAUUAGCAAGUUAAAAAGCAGCAUUAUUGUAGGCUCUUCUAGACCCGCUGGAUUUGCUUGCGCCUACUUUCUUGACCUGAACAAAGAGAUAUAUAUAUAUGACACACUUGAGUAUUUUGCUUUUUAUAUUUUUCGAUGAAACACAUGACAUUUUGAAUUGUUUAAGUUUCUAUUUAAGUAUCAAAAUCAGUUAUGCAAACUAAUUGUUUUUCAACAUUUUGCUGUAUUAUCACAACAGUAUCUCUAAACGCUUUUGAAUCGAAUACUACUAUGUAGCCAGUUUACUCUUGUACCACAGCUCCUACGAAGACACAUUUCAAGAAUCGUGUAAAUAAAAAAUAAAAAUAUAGCUAUUAAUAUAAUUUUAGUAUGCUAAAAAAAACCCCUAACUGGGAAGUUUGAAAUCUGUUGGUUA